GGCCCCGCCAAUCGCGGCGGGCCGGCGGCAGGGAAACACUAUUAUGCUAAUGGUGUUUUGCUCGCACUCGCGGCGAGCGGGGUUUAAAAGGCAGCGGCCGGGGGCAGGGGCUCAAAGGCGGGAGGCAGGGCUGGUGCGAACGUGAGCGGACAGGUCGGGACGGGAGGCGAGGAGAGGAGCGGCGGGGGGGGCAUCUGCGCCUUCCCAGCCCACCGCGUCCUGCCCGGCGGCGAUGUCCAACGUGCACCUCUCCGGCGCCGCCGCCCUGGAGCGCCUCUCCGCCCGGAGAGCCCUGGCCGGGAACGGCCGCAGCCCCGUCUGCAGGAGCCUCUUCGGACCGGUGGACCACGAGGAACUGGGCCGGGAGCUGCGGGAGCGCCUGCGGGAGAUGGGGGAGGACGACCAGCGCCGCUGGGACUACAACUUCCAGACCGACACGCCGCUGCCGGGGCCCGGCCGCCUGCGCUGGGAGGAGGUGGAGGCCGGCGCCGUGCCCGCUUUCUACCGGGAGACUCUGCAGGUGGGACGGUGCCGCGUCCCCCUCCUCCAGGCGCCCCCUUCCCCGCCGCCACCCCCCGCCGCCGGGAAGGGGCCCGGGGGGCGCCUGAGCCGGGAGAACCGCGCCGCGCCCCGCCGCCGCGGCAUGCGGCCCCGCCGGAGGGGCCCGACGGCCCGCAUCACAGAUUUCUUCGCGAGGAGAAAAAGGCCGGCGGAGCCCAAGGCGGCGGCGGAGCGCCCAGCCGGCUGCCCGCCGCCCCCCGCCGCCGUGCCGGCUGAGCAGACCCCCCGCAAGCGGCUUCGGUGAGCCAGAUUUUUGCACUACUGCACCCACGGGAGAGGCGCGCCGCCCCCGGAGGCGCGGCGCCCCGGAGGCACGGGGGGCCGGGGCGGGCGGCGUUGCGAGGUGGGACCCCCCCGUGCCCGCCCGGACCGGGAGCGGGAGCUGGAGCCGGAGCGAAGCCGGAGCGCCUGCCCACCGGCCGCGCACGGAGCAGUGUUAAAAGUACAGCUGUGCAAUGUAUGACGUUUUGUAUAGAAAUGUAUUAUGCCUAAUGUUGAGUACACUGGCCAGAAGUGUAAAGCUUUAAAAAGUCAUUUAUAAGAAAUGUUUAAUCUCUGCUGAGCUCUCAGUGCAAAAAAAGGAAAAAGGAAAAAAACAAGUGUAUAUUUGUACAAAACUUUUUUUAAGAGUUAUACUAACUUAUAUUUUCUAUUUAUGUCAGAAACGUGGAUAACUUGACAUCCAAUAGUCUUUUUUUUUUUUUCUUUUGGUUAAGCCAAAGGGCACUAUAUUUGCUUUUGUUAUUUACAAAAUGUAAAUUUAUUUUUAUAGUGGAUUUUUUUUUUUUGGCAUUCAUAAGAUGUAGCUACGAAUCGAAAUAUUUUUUAGACUUUACUUGAAGACAAAUCUGUUUCAGUGGGUCCUGAGCCGGUCUGUACCACUGCCAUUGCAAAUAAUGCCACAACUUCAAUAAUAAAUAAAAUAAAAGGAAACGCC